UAUAUUUUAACGCGGUCACACUGCUGUUCACUGUAAUCGACACUCCGAAGAUUUUUUGUAGGCCACAAUUUCGCAAAUAAACAAAAACAAAACGUAACUAAAAACGAAAAGCUUGGUAUGGGUGUGACUGUGCUACAACCGUAUCCUAUGCCCGAGGGAAAAUCUGGCGCCCAUAUCAUCGAUUACCUGGGUAAACGUCUGCUAUCGCUUGGCGCUACGCAUGCUGGUCAAUUUCUGGUCGACUGCGAGACCUUCAUCUCGACACCGCAGCCGCACAAUGGUACACCGGGACGGGCGGUGCAUGUGCUGCACAACUCGGAGUAUCCCGCUUCGACAUUUUCUAUCAUCGACAGUGGCACUGGGAAGCAAGUCUCCCUGGUGGCCGACAGCAUAUUUGAUCUGCUGAUGCUCAAAAUGACCAAUACAUUCACCUCGAAGAAGCAGACAAAGAUUGAAUCCCGUGGCGCCCGGUUUGAGUACGGCGACUUUGUGAUCAAGCUCGGAUCCGUCACCAUGAUGGAGCAUUUCAAGGGUAUCCUAAUCGAGAUCGAGUACAAGUCGUGCAUGAUACUGGCCUACUGCUGGGAGAUGAUACGCGAGAUGCUGCAGGGCUUCCUCAACAUCAAUGUGAGCAAGGAUUUCCCCACGUACUUUGCCACGCAGACCAUCAUGACGGCCAUGGGCCAGCAGCAGCUGCACGCCAAGCACAACGACUUGUACGAGCCCACGGAUACGGUCAAGCAAUAUCUGGAGCAGUUCACCAACUAUCGGAAGCAUGUGUCCAUGCAUGGAUCCCUCAGCGGCACCAGCGGCAUCCAACAGCCCGUCCACAUGUCAUCCUCCCCGGUGAUGGGUGCCGCGGGAGGCCUAGUCUUGAUCCGAUCCUGAUGCGAGGUCAAGCUGGAGCCGCCCGAUGCUCCUGCAGUGACAAUGGAGACUGACUGAACGACGGAAUAUUCAUUGAAUUAAGAAAGCAACUACUCAAUUGUUUUUUUUAUUUUAAUGUAUAUUUUUAACGCAAUAGUUAUAUAUAUUAUAUAUAGAUGUGUGUGGGCAGGGUGAGUGUGUUUUCUCCUUUUUCCAUGUCUGUGUGUAGUCGUCUUAAAAAAAUAUAUAUAGCUGGAGUACAAAAAUUUUGAAUUUUUUCUCUUCAGUGUUGGUUUCUUUGUUUUGUGGAUGGGGGUUUUUCAAUGAGUCUCGUUUUUUGUACAACAAAAAAUUUUUAUCCUGAUUUCGCAUCCAACUGUUAUACAACGGAAAACUAAAAGGGGGAUGUGGGGUCGGAGGAAAAGUGUAAGCUUCUUAUAAUAUAAAAUGCAAUCGUUCUUCUUUUGAUGUUAAAAAAAAAAA